AUGGAGAGAGCACACGGAGCCCCCAGAGUUCUCACGCUCCCGAACACCGCCGAUGGCUCCGCGACUCGUUGGACGUUGGCCUGUGACCUCUGCGAGCUCUUCACGUUGCUCGCUCUUCACAGUGAGGCCACCUCCUCGGCCGUGGACCUGGCGUGCCAGCUCUUGAAUACGACAGCCGCCGUGCUCCGGCAAUGCGUCCAGUUCCUUCGACAAGGGCUCCAGCGCCCGACCAGGCUGACGAAGGAUUGGACGUCAACCUCGUGCGUGGAGACUCUCAAGUGCAAUGCCUUCACAGCAUGGACUGCUGACAAGGUUCUGGGCCUGCAGCAGGCGAUGGGCUUGGAAGUGAGCACCAGCCUUCAGGAGAGGGAAGAGACGGAGCAGAAGGGCCUGAAGGACCAGCAAGACUGCUCAGUCGUGGCGUCUUCGAAGACGGCUCUCGUCUCCGACCCUCUAGAGCCCCAUUGCCUGGAGGAUUCUGAUGAUGAUUAUCGGGAUCUGGCGAAGAUUCGGGUGAUGGCGGCCGUGUUUACUGGCCGCGGAGACCGGAUGCAAGUGCUGUUGCCAUACUUGCGCCGGGAUCUGAAAGUGCACAGAGGCGUCAUUGAUGGCAUCGUGUUCUUGUUGAUCCGCCCGGAUGCCUUUGCUUUGGACUUGGUUCAGCAGAUGAGGGCAAUCUAUGGCGACAUUGUGCUGAUUCGAGACUAUCAAGAGAGCACUUGGUCCACGAGGGGAGUAGAGGGCCGAAUGGGCUCUCUGUACAGAUCUUUGAAUGAGACUGGCACUGUUUACAUCAAGAUCGACGAUGAUGUCGUCUUCUUGGCCAAGCAUGCGCUGGCGGAACUGGUGCGGGAGAAGCUGCGACGCCGUUGCCUUUUCGUGUCCGCCAAUGUCGUGAACCAUGCCAUCCUGUCUUCCGUUCAUCAAGAACGUGGGGCCCACCGUGCCUUUCAGCGGGAGCACCGAAGGUGGUUUCGAGUGGGCGAUGUGAACAUGGAUUCGUCUUAUAUCUUUGAGCGUCAUCCCAUGGGCUCCUGUGUCUUCAAACGCUGGGACUGCGCAGCGUUGGUGCACGAAAGCUUUCUGGACAGAGAGAGCGAUGGGACUCUAUGCGCUUUUGAUUUUGGCUGGUAUGACUUCCACAGGGCAGGCUUCCGAGAGCAUCAAUACAUCCAUGCCUCUCCGUGGAUUGGUGCAACUUGGCGCGCAGCUGGAGCAAGGUGGAGCAUCAAUUUGUUUGCCUUUGAGGCAUCGGAUUUACGCGACAUGGACUGGUCUCGUGUUCAUGGUCCUGGUGACGACGAGGAAGAGUUCAGUAGCAACCAUGCAGAACGGAGAGGGCAGCACGCGUGCGCCAUUGGGAGGAGUAUCGCAGUGCACUUCUCUUACAACGUGCAGGAAGGGCGGCUCUUGAGCUCCGACUUGCUGCAGCGCUACGCCGACUUGGCGAAGCGAAGGGUCGGCCAGUUCCUGUUGAGACCGAGCGAAGACAAAGAGAAAAUGAGACUCGGAGUUGUCGGGCUGGAAAGCCUCCUGGCUUGGGCGAGCGCUUCCAACGGCGCCAUCCAGGAGUGGCACGAAAGCCUGGCCGACGAGACAGCAGCCCUACGAGACGUCUCGUCCGAUGUCUGUUGGCACGCGGGCUUUACCAAAGAACGCUGUUGUCGUGGUGACCCAACGACCUCACCCGAUUGCUGGGACGGAAGCUAUAGCUUUGGGGAGUGCUGUCCCAAUGCAGAUUGCUGGAUUGGGAGCUUCACCUACGAGUUCUGCUGUGGGGAGAAGCAUGGCCUUGGCGGCAACAAGGCGUGUUGGAGUGGAGGCUUUACCCACCAGCUGUGCUGCUUGGCGAACGCCACGUCCAAUAGCUGGGCGGAUAUUUUAUCCUCGGAAAUCGAGACGGAACAGUUUUACCAGAUGGAUGACUUCUACACAGAUGCGCAGUAUGGCGACGAGUGGGGCUACUACUCCAAGGGGCAUGUGUUGCUUGGAGGUGGGAAAGGUCAAGAUGGCACUGAGCAAACUCAGCAGUUUGCGCAUUUCACCACUUAUCCCAUGGCUUUGUCUCCCCAUUUUGCCCGUGUCUUUUGCCGUUUGCUUUUCAUUAUGUGGGCUGGAAGCUCAGUUCGUUUCAUGCUCUCUCUGACCGCUCUGCUGAUUUCACACGGAACCUGCGGCUCCGAACCGACGACUGAGGUCCAGUUGGACGAGCGCGCGCCGUUCCGUGUGGUGGAGAUGGGUGCAGGCUCUGGGCAGCUGGCCUAUGACACCCAGCAGUGUGUUCGCAGCAAUGCGUUGGGCUUGGCACCAGCUUUGUGGCGACGAUGGGCUGCAGCCUUUGAGUAUACCAUCAUGGAGAGGUCGCCUGCGCUGCGAAAGCGCCAGCAAUCCAGAGGGCUGCGGUCCGUGGCAGGAGAUGCGCAAACCACCGGUAGCUGCAAGUCGGUGCUGGCUGCGCUUGCGGCAUCCCCUGCAUGCCAAGGAGCCGAUGGCGAUGCUCCCGAAUGUGAAGCCCAAGAACGGGGCACCGCCGAAGCGGGCGCCUCCGUCGUGCUUUCCAACGAACUGCUGGAUGCUUUUGCCCCCGUGAAGCUCCGGUUUUCCUUGUACGGGAAGCCCAACAUCACAGACUGCCGAUCCUGGCAGGAGGUUCGCUUGGUCCAUACCAUCACGGAGGACAAGCUGCGGAGCCUUCUGCACAUCCUAGGCUACUCCGAGGAGAUGACGGAGGGCACCAUCUCACAAGUGCGAGGCUACACGGAUGCCACCUUUUGUGCAAUGGCGAAUACCACCAUUGGGCUGGAGGUUCAGCAACAGGUUUCCUCCAACACGUCCUGCCUGGCAAUUACCUUCAGCCUGAGUGAGUUGGUGAAUCACCUGGACCUCGGCGUUCCCUUUGCGUCGCACAACAUGCGCAUGCGAAUCCGGAAAGACACCAAGCUCUCUGACCGACUGCGCAUGAUUACCGAGAGACUCAAUGGUGAGUUGCAGACUUCUGUGGCAUUGCCUCGUGAUGUUUAUCGCCAGGUGCGCCACCAGCUACGCGAUUGGCCGGACCUCGAGGCGGACUUUCUGCAUACCAUCCAGACACACCUCUUUCCCGUGUCCAUCUCACAGGAACGAUGCGAUGAUUUGGAAUGGUGGUUCAAAGCUCAUGAAGCAAGAAUUGCCAAACUGGCCCUUUUCUAUCGUCAGCUCGGAUAUCCAGCUCUGCAUCUGGUCGUCCGCCCUGGUGAGGACAACUUCAUUGACCUUGUGGAUUGUUUGCUUGGUCCAACUGGUGGCUUCAAGUUAAGCUUGGACUACGGGGCCAAUUUCGAGGGACUGGCGCACAGCCUGAGUGUAGACGGCACAAAUGAUGGCAUUUUUGUGCCCCCUAUACCACAUGAGUUGAUGGAAGGCCUACCUGAUUGCCACAACUUUUGGCCGAAGUGUGCCGGGCGUAUUGAUUGGACGACCUUCGUGGACUUCACGAACCUGGCUGCUGCAGGUGAGCGCCGGGGCUGGCGCACGGUGUUCUAUGGGCCACAGAACUUGCUUGAGCAAUUUAGCAGGCUCAAUCUGACCCGCAAUGGGCGAUUGUAUUCUGUGCCCGGCUACCCCGUGCUGCAAGAUGCCUGGAUUUCCAGGCAUGUGAAAGGCUGGUAUGGUCGGGAAAGCGAUAUGGAUGGCACAGGCGUGCAGAGGUGGACAUCUUUUAAGGCUUUGCUCCUUGAGAAGCCCUCUGCCAAAGAAGUCUUGUCGCCGAUCCUCUUCCCGUCUUGGCAUUUGGACACCCGGCACACCGAUCCAUGCUGGAGCUUCGAUCCCUCCACGGUGCCUCUGGCCGAUUGGAUUCCACGACAGGGCAACGAUUCCCACGACGCUCUCACCAAGCUCACGGACGAGAUCAACCAAGAUCUCGGACGACAGUAUGCCGAGGGCUAUGAAGAGGCUCAGCUGGCCGUGCGCUUGGUGGACUUCAUGGUGGCCAAGUCCGGUUGCGAGGCGGUGCAUCCUGUAAGCGCUGCAGCCAUCCUGGAACGACCAGUGCAAUGGGAAGCCCUCAGAAGACGCUUGCUCAACAAAUGGGGCGAGAUGUGGGGCGAGGAGACCGUGACGCGGGUGGCUCGUGGAAUCCUAGAGCGCCUCGCCGGAGCCGGCGACGAAGCGACCUGGCCCUUCGCAUGUGCGGGUCAGCAAGCAGCAGCACUGCUCUGUGAGAUGCCAGGUGGUGCGAGUAAAGCUGGGAGCAGAUGA